AACAAAAAAAAAUUUUCAACUUAUGUUGUUGCCUCAGGACAUCAAUAUGGAGCUGGGGAAGGAGUCUUCCACUACUUUUUUAAGAUAUGUUGGCUUAGUGAGACUCCUGCAAUACCUGUUUUUGGAGAUGGAAAAAAUUUUAUUCCAACCAUUCAUGUUCUUGAUUUAGCAGCUGUGUUACAAAAUGUAGCAGACCACAGGCCACGGUCUCACUAUUUACUUGCAGUAGAUGACUCUAUGCACACUCUUCAAGAAUUAAUAAAGUGUAUCAGUAAAAAUGUUGGACCAGGAAAAAUUGAGAUGAUUCCAAAAGAAAAUGCAUUCCUGACCAAAGAGUUAACACAAAUGCAUUUGGAUAUGUUGUUUGUGAACCUGCGAAUGGAAUCCAUGUUUCUGAAAGAGACUUUCAACAUUAAGUGGGUUGCUCAGGCAGGACUGGUGGAGAAUAUUGAACAAAUUGUCAAGGAAUACAAGCAAAGUCGAGGAUUGCUGCCUCUCAAAGUUUACAUUCAUGGUCCUCCUGGGGUUGGCAAAUCGACCAUUGCUGAAGAGCUCUGCAAACACUACAAGCUACAACACAUUAAGAUAAACAAUGUGAUUUCUGAAACAAUAGCAAAUCUGGAGAAAGUUGUGGCUUCUCAAGAAUGGAACUCUGACAAUGUGGAAGAGGAAGAAGAGGAGGAGGUGGAGGGUAAAAAUGUAGAAGCAGCACAAGAGUUAUUAGCUGGAAUAAAAGAAAGCAUGGAGCAGAGUACAGGUCGUCUAGAUGAUGAGUAUGUUGUUAAAUUUGUGAAGGAUAAACUCAAAUCUAUGCCUUGUAGGAAUCAGGGUUAUGUUUUAGAUGGGUUCCCAGAGACCUAUGACCAGGCAAAAGAUCUUUUUAAUUUGGAAAGUCAAGGUGAAGAAAAAAUUAAAAGCAAAAUAUUUAAUUGUGAUAAAUCAAUCAUACCUGAAUUUGUUAUUUCUUUGACUGCAUCUGAUGAAUUCCUUAUAAAGAGAAUAAUAAAUCUGCCAGAGAGAAUUGUUGCUGGAACUCAUUAUACCCAGGACCGGUUCCUGCAAUCUCUGAAUCUCUUCAGAGAGUUAAACACAGAUGAUAAUACUGUCCUCAACUAUUUUGAUGAACUUGAAAUACAUCCUCAAUUUAUUG